AUGGCAACCCUUGACAUCGAGGAGACGGAAAUUGAGGUCAUCACGGCCGACGAGACUGCCCAGGAAUUUGAUAUCGGUGAAGCACCGCAAGAUGACGAUGACAAGGCCAUGGAGGACGAGGACGACGAAGGAAAAAUUUCAGCUGAGGAUGCGGACGUGCGCGAUGAUGCCUUGAUGGUCUUUGCCAAACACUCAGGUCCAGUUUACUCGAUUAACGUUAAUCCAGUGGACCCGCGCAUCGUCAUUACGGGCGGAGGCGAUGAUGUGGGCGUCAUUUGGAAUUGUGAGAAUGGUGACGUGCUGCACACACUGUUGGGCCACCAGGACUCAGUGGUGAGCGUUGGAUUUAGUUUUGACGGCAAGUAUGCGGCCACUGGAGGCUACGACGGCGUGGUAAAAAUAUGGGAUGUCGCCACGGGCAACUUGGUACAAAAUCUUGAAGGUCCUUCGCAAGAGGUUGAGUGGGUUUGCUGGCACAAAAAAGGUAACGUUGUGCUGGCUGGAUCGGGCGAUGGCACCGUGUGGAUGUGGCUCGCCACGACUGGAGAGUGCAUGCAUGUGUUUGCCGGACAUGAAGACGGCGUGACGUGCGGAUCAUUUACAGUGUCUGGGAAGAUGAUUGUAACAGGGAGCACGGACUCCACUGUACGAUUGUGGGAUCCGAAGACUGGUGAAUGCAAUUUCGUAUUCAGAGGGCACGAGUUUCAUGAAGGCCCUGUGACAUUUUUAGCCUGUCAUCCAAGCCAACCGGUGAUGCUGUCGGGCUCACAAGAUGGUACCGCAAGGCUUAUUCAGGUGCAGACCAAGCGUGUACUGGCCACGCUGUCACACGAUGGUGUUGACUCGACCAUUGCCGGGUCUGUUAAUGAAGUGACGGUUUCAACAAAUAACUCGGUGGAGUGUGGCGGAUUUUGCAACACGAUGAAUUGGGCUGCCACAGGCUGCCUUGGUGGAUUCUUACGCAUCUGGGACUUAACAACUUACCAUUGUCGCCAUGUUUGCCGCCACCCCGCUGGUGUAAUCAAGCUGCUGUGGCACCCCACGCAACAAAUUGUGUACGCUUGCACGGUGGAGGGUCUCAUAUACGCAUGGGAUGCACGCAUAGGGCAGCUACUGAAGACAUUGGCUGGUCAUACGGAUAUGGUGCUCGAUAUUACGAUCGUUCAUGACUUCAAUUGUGAUUUUGUUGCUGGACUUCUUACGGCCAGCGACGACGAGACGGAAACCAUGAACGAAGCGCUUAGUCUGUAA